AAUAUUGUUGACACUGACAGCUCAUGAAGCCCUGAUGAAGGGAGUUGCAUAUCACGACUAACAACUUGUUUAAAGUGGAGGCGUAAAACAAUAAUUUACAGAUCAACAAGAACACUCUAACUGGAUCAUUUUCGGUAAGGAUGCAAGGUUGACAUGGCCACUGUAUGUGAAAUUUUCUUGACUGAAGAUGUCCAGCAUCUGCUUUCUAACAAGUUUGUUGUGAUCAUCGGAGACUCUGUCCAAAGAGCUAUAUAUAAAGAUUUGGUUUUGUUGCUACAAGACCCAAGAUACCUUCAGGAAUGGCAGCUGAGAAAAAAAGGUGAAUUUAGUCAUGUUGAUGACAAACUGAUUGAAGGUGGACAAAAAGCAGUGAUGAAUAACAAGACAAACUAUAAAGAAGUUCGCCAAUACCAAACAGACUACUUUCUGGUUAGAUUCUACUUCACCACCCGUUGCUACAAUGAUUAUGUUGAAAGUAUUCUCAGAGAUCUUGCAGAGGAACCCCAGCCUGAUGUGGUCAUUAUGAACUCCUGCCUCUGGGAUGUUACCAGAUAUGGUCCAUCUUCUGUGCCCAAGUAUAAGGAAAAUCUUAUUGAGUUGUUCCACAAAUUUAAGAAAAUACUGCCUGAUGAUGCUCUGGUAAUUUGGAACACAGCAUUGCCAAUAGCCAACAAUGCUCGUGGUGGUUUCCUUAUCCCAGAGGUCGAAUUCAUGAAUGACACCCUACGUCUUGAUAUCAUGGAGGCCAAUUACUAUGCUAGGCAAGUGGCAGGUCAUUAUGGCUUUGAUGUCCUAGAUUUACACUACUAUUUUCGCCGUCAGAUCCAUCGUCGAGCCAAAGAUGGUGUGCACUGGGACAUGACGGCUCACAGACGUAUUACAAACCUACUUCUCACCCACAUUUCAGAAGCAUGGGGUGUGGAACUGCCUGGACGGGUGCAGAAGUUGAAACUUGAGGCAGCAGCAGAGAAAAAGAAUUCCCAGAGACAAAAUGAGUCCCACAAGGAUGCCUCUGACUCUGGCUCCAAUAGCAAGAGAUAUGCAGAUAAUCGCCACCAAAGAAGCAGGAGUGACACCUACAACAGGUCACAUGAUGGUGGGAGGAGAAGAACCCAAACAUGGCAGCCACAGCAGAACAGUGUGCAUCAGAUUCCAGCCUUGAUGGAGGUGGCAUCACAGCAAACCGGAAACAACAUGCAGCAUACAGUGCAUUUCAGUCAAAAUUACAAUCGCACUUACAAUAAAAAUUAUGGAGGCAGUAAGCGCUGGCAACCAUAUAGUAGUAACAGUUCCAAUCGACAUGCAAGUCAUUAUAGUAGGGAACAGCAGAGCAAUUACAAAAGAUAAAUUUGAUGAUUUAAACCAUGAUGAUUUAAAUAACUGCUCACAGGUUCCCAGGUAAAAUAUUUGAUUGUAGGUAUUUAGAAACUGAAAACCAAGAUUGUUGAUUAAACACCUAGAAAGUAAUGGUAAUGCACCAUGUUAGUCUUGUUGCCAUGACCUCUACAAGUCCAUUGUAAACUAUCUUAUCAAUUGGUACCUUGUUUUGCACUUCAAUAGUCCUCAAUUCUAGAUUCACUUCUUUCCAUUUUUAUGAUUUCUGCAUGUUAACCUUGAUCUAUUUUGCUGAACACCAAGAAUAACCCACCCACAUAAUGACAGAAGAUGUAUGAUUUUAUCACCAUAAAUAAUUUUUGAAAUGCAUUCAAAUGUGUAAAUCAUAUAUCACUGACAUCUUAUUGCAACACUGAAGGAUUUAAAGUACAAUUUUAAUGUGCAUUAAAAAUUUUGAUUAGAAAAAAAAUGCCCAAACACAAAUUUUUGUAGAGAUUGAUGUUACUCUUAUCCAGGCUAUGUGAAAUUGCUUAAUUUUCAGUGAGGUGUGGAAAUAGAACUACAAGAGUCAUAAAAUUUCUAAAUGCUCAUGCAUGUAACCAAUGUGGCUGGCAUUGGUGUAAAGUAUUCUGAGCAGAUUAGUUCCUGGUAGUUUACAAAUCUGUUAUCCAUUUUUAGCAGGAUUUACACUUCUUUUGUGAAUGUAUGUGAUUGUAUGGUAAUCACAACCAUUUCUUGGAAAUGGACUGCAUGUAAUAACCACAACUUGCUACACAUACUGUUACUUUCAAUAAAGGUAGGAUGCUACAUUAA